CAACAUCACAAACACCUUUGACCUUCUUACUGCCAACAAAAAAAGCCUUCUACGAAAAGAGGUAGCCAAGAUGGAGGUGGCUAUGAAAUCAUGGGAGCUGGACAACGACAUCAAGCUCGUUGACCCCACACGCGACGCCCUGUACAACUUCGACAACGACCGACAGACCGAAAUCAACGCCUCCAAGCCCUGGAAAGAGAACCCGCACCACUUCCAGCACGUGCGCAUCAGCGCCGUCGCGCUCAUCAAAAUGGUAAUGCACGCACGUUCGGGCGGCUCGAUCGAGAUCAUGGGGAUAAUGCAGGGGUACACGGACGGGGACACGAUCGUAGUAACCGACGCCUUCGGGCUUCCCGUCGAAGGAACAGAGACACGGGUGAACGCGCAGGACGACGCGCUGGAGUACAUGGUGUCGUACCUGUCUCUGUGCCGGGCGCAGGGCAGUCGGCAGGAGAACCCGGUGGGAUGGUACCACAGUCACCCGGGGUACGGGUGCUGGCUCUCGGGUAUCGACGUAGGGACGCAGAGCAUGCAGCAGCAAUUCAACGACCCCUUCGUCGCCGUCGUCAUCGACCCCGACCGCACCAUCAGCGCCGGCCGCGUCGAGAUCGGCGCCUUCCGCACCUUUCCCGACGACUACAAGCCCGCGUCCCCCACCGCCUCCUCCUCCGGCGGCAGCGCUGCGGUUCCGCUCGCGAAAGCAGAGGAUUUCGGCGCGCACGCGAGUAAGUACUACAGUCUUGAAGUCUCGCACUUCAAAUCCACGCUCGACUCCAGUCUUCUCGAUCUGCUGUGGAGUAAAUACUGGGUACAGACUCUAUCCCAAAACCCGCUCCUCACGAACCGCGACUACGGCAACAAGACGCUUCUCGAUCUCGGUUCUAAGAUCCGCGACACGACGACCUCGUACCAGCGCGCUGCUAGGGGCGGUGGCGGCGGGCCGAUUAAUGCCGUUGGGAAGAGUGCGAUUGAUCAGGAGAUCGAGAAGUUGGCUCGCACGAGCCAUUUGGUUACGAUGAAUGAGAAGCAGGGGCUUAUGGCUGUGGAGGUUAAGGCGAAGAUUUUUAAUGGGUUGGGGGCUGGUGGUGCUGGUGCUACUACCACGACGACGACGUAAGGAUUAGGUGUGGAUGCGGGUUUAGGUUGAUGGAUGGGAAUAGGUUACUAGGUGGCACUAGUUUCAUGAGAUACGAAGCAUUAGGACGGCGUUAUUUAUUUUCGGACGGGUAGACAUUUGAGAAGAACGGAAUAAUAAAAACAGUAGCACGUGGGAUGCCU